CCUAACUGGAAAGUUGAGGAGCCUCCAAAGAACCUACCUCUGCUGCUCUCUCAAUUUCACAACAUUGUGCAAUCCUUGUGUUCAUCUUGUUGCCGGGAGAUCUUUGUGAGGACCAUGGUCCUGCACCAUGGCGUUGCAAGGUCAGGGUCCCGACCCAAGUGAACGCAUCUUCGUUGAGUUGCGCAGCAAGAAUGAUGAAGUAAAGAACAAGGCAGCAUCUGAGCUGCGCGACCUCAUAACAUUGCUGUCAAGAGAAUGGUCACCUGAACGCUUCGGUGCAUUCUACGACAGAGUCACGAACCGGAUCAGUAACCUCAUCGUUCAAGCACCCGACCCAAGCGACAAAGUUGGCGGAGUCCUUGCCUUAGACCGGCUGAUAGAUUGCGAAGCAAUUGAUGCUGCGCAGAAGGCAUCGAAAUACUCGAACUACCUUCGGGCUGCUUUGAAGAGCAAUGACUACACGGUACUGGACGCAGCCAGCAGAGCGCUGGGCCAUCUGGCUCGGCCUGGAGGGGCUUAUACUGCAGAGCUUGUUGAAGCCGAAAUGACAUCCGCAUUCGAAUGGUUACAACCAGAGAACAAGCAAGAGAGUCGCAAAUUGGCCGCGGUCCUCCUCAUCCGCGAAAUGGCAAGGAAUUCUCCAACCCUUGUCUACGGCUUCAUACCUCAGAUCUUCGAGUUGAUCUGGAACGCACUACGAGACCCGAAAGACCUCAUACGACGAACCGCUGCUCAUUCCGUGAGCGCCUGUUUUGGAGUCAUGGUAGCAAGAGACGCUCAAUUUCAGGCACACUGGUUUGCAAAAAUAUAUUCAAAGGCGCUCGAAGGCUUCCGUCCGACAUCGACGGUUGAUGAGACUCUUGGAUCGCUGCUUAUCUUGAUGGAACUCCUGCAGCAAGGAAAUAUGUUCAUGCACGAUUUCUACAGAAAUGCUUGCGAGAUCGUGUUACGGCUCAAAGACCACCGCGACCCCAGAAUCAGAACGCAGGUGGUACAAAUGAUACCGGUGUUGGCCGAGUACGCGCCCUUGGAGUUCAUCAACAACUACCUGCACAAGUUCAUGAUAUAUUUGCAAGCCCAGCUGAAGCGCGAAAAAGAACGAAAUCAGGCUUUCAUUGCAAUCGGCCAAAUUGCGAAAGCUGUUGGCAGUGCCAUCGCACAGUAUCUCGAUGGCAUCAUUCUCUACAUUCGAGAGUCCCUCAGCGCAAAGACCAAGAACCGAGCAGCAGUCGACGAGGGCCCAAUGUUCCAGUGCAUCAGUAUGCUUGCUGGCGCGGUUGGCCAAACGCUUUCCAAGUACAUGGAAGCACUCCUCGAUCCCAUUUUUGCGUGUGGACUCACAGAGCCAAUGGAGAGAGCCCUCGAAGAUAUGGCACACAACAUACCUCCCAUCCGAACAACGAUACAGGACAAGCUGCUUGACCUCCUCAGUCUCAUACUUGUACGAUCUCCAUAUCGACCUCUAGGCUGUCCUCCAAACACCGUACCGCCCCUUCCUUCGUUUGCCAAGGACUAUGGCGGCCUGCCUGCGGAGCAUAAAGACCAUGAGAUCACUCUAGCACUCGAGACAGUCGGCAAGUUCGAUUUCUCGGGCCACAUUCUGAAUGAAUUUGUCCGCGAUGUGACGCUUCGAUAUGCCACCAACGAUAACCCAGAGAUUCGACGCGCAGCGGCACUGACGUGCUGUCAGCUGUUCAUGCAAGACCCCAUUCUGCAUCAGACCAGUAACAAUGCCAUUCAGGUUGUUAGUGAAGUUGUCGAUAAGCUCUUGACCGUGGCUGUCGGCGAUCCGGAUCCCGACAUUCGAAUGACGGUUCUCCGCGCUCUGGAUAAGAAGUUCGACAAGCAUCUUGCAAGACCUGAAAACAUAAGGUGCCUCUUCUUGGCCGUGAAUGAUGAAGUGUUCGGCGUUCGUGAAGCUGCCAUCGAGAUCAUUGGCAGAUUAACGACUGUGAAUCCUGCUUACGUAUUUCCACCUCUACGAAAACUGCUGGUCAACCUCCUUACUGGUCUCGGAUACUCCAAUACGGCCAAGCAAAAGGAAGAAAGUGCACGCCUAAUCAGCCUGUUCGUAUCAAAUGCGACCUCUCUGGUCAGAACGUAUGUCGAAGCGAUGGUGUCGGCUCUGCUGCCGAAAGCCACAGAUCCAAAUCCAGGAGUUGCUUCGACUACGAUCAAGGCUCUGGGGGACUUGACUUCUGUCGGCGGGGAGGAGAUGGCCCAGCAUAUUCCCGAGCUUAUGCCUAUCAUCAUCGACGCACUGCAAGACCUUGGGUCGCACGAAAAGCGCGAAGCCGCUAUGCAAACUCUAAGUUCUCUCGCUGUCAACUCUCAGUAUGUGAUAGAGCCAUACACUGAUUAUCCAGAACUGCUUGGGAUCCUGAUCAACAUGAUCAAGACUGAAGCCCAUGAAGAUCUCAGAACAGACGCCAUCAAGUUGGUUGGUGUUUUGGGAGCUCUAGAUCCCUACAAAUAUCAGCAGCUCAGCGAGUCGGUGGCUGAGAACCAAAACAAGACCGAAGUACCGCCUGUUUCUGAUGUCGCCUUGAUAAUGUCGGGACUGGCGCCGUCAAACGAAGAAUACUACCCCACGGUCGUUAUCAACACCCUCAUGCAAACCAUUCUGGCAGAUCACACGCUGUCUCAAUAUCACAGCGCAGUCAUCGAUGCCGUUGUGACCAUUUUCAAGACGAUCGGCAUGAAGUGUGUCCCCUUCCUAGGCACAAUCAUACCGGGAUUUCUUGGUGUUAUCCGAAGUUCUCACCCGACCCGCCUGGAGUCAUAUUUCAACCAGCUCGCUGUUCUGGUGAAUAUUGUUCGUCAGCACAUCCGAGCUUUCCUGCCAGAGAUCAUAGUUGUGAUAAGAGAGUAUUGGAAUGUCUCGAGACAAGUGCAGUCCACAAUCCUCUCUUUGAUCGAAGCUAUAUCCACAUCUCUCGAAGGGGAGUUCCGGAGAUACCUCGCCGGUCUCUUACCCCUGAUGCUUGCAGUGAUCGAAAACGAUACAGAUUUGCGAAGAGAAUCUUCGAUCCGGAUCUUACAUACCUUCUUGGUUUUCGGCUCCAGUGGAGAAGAAUAUAUGCACAUGAUCAUACCAGCAAUCGUCGGCGUCUUCGAGAAUCCAGCGGCUCCUCCCAACGCGAGGCGAGCAGCAAUUGAUACGCUCGGCAAAUUGUCCAGGACCGUUAACGUGACAGAUUUCGCAUCACUUAUGAUACACCCACUUGCAAAAAUCUUAUCUUCGCCAGAAAAAGUGGUCACGAAUUCCUCAGAGCGCUCCCUGAAAGCUGCUGCACUGGAUUGUGUCUGCGCAUUGAUUUAUCAUUUGGGGCAAGACUUCGUCCAUUAUCUUCCUCUAAUCGAAAGGGCCACAAAGACGGGUCAAAUCAACUCCGAACGUUUCCAAAAGCUAGUUGAAAAUUUGAAAACCGGAAAACCACUGCCAGUUGAUUUUUAUCCAGAGGAGCAAUAUGGUCUCACGGCCGAGGAUACGACUUACUCGAAUAUUACGUCUAUUAGACUUCCAGUGAACCAACAGCACCUGAAAAAUGCAUGGGACACAUCCCAAAAAUCCACAAAGGAAGAUUGGCAAGAAUGGAUGAGAAGAUUCAGUGUCGAACUUCUAAAGGAAUCCCCAUCUCAUGCGCUGAGGGCUUGUGCAAGUUUGGCUACCGUCUACCAGCCGUUAGCCAAGGACCUGUUCAAUUCCGCUUUUGUGUCCUGCUGGACCGAACUCUAUGACCAGUAUCAAGAGGAGCUAAUACGAUCAAUUGAAAAAGCUCUCACGUCGACAAACAUCCCACCAGACAUCCUGCAGACGUUGCUCAAUCUGGCUGAGUUUAUGGAGCACGAUGACAAAUCCUUGCCAAUUGAUAUACGGACGCUUGGGCGAUUCGCGGCCAAAUGCCACGCCUUUGCCAAAGCAUUGCACUAUAAAGAGCUUGAAUUUGAGCAAGAUCAAAACAGUCAAAGUGUCGAAGCAUUGAUCAGCAUCAACAAUCAGUUGCAACAAUCCGACGCCGCCAUUGGCAUUUUGCGUCGGGCGCAAGUUUUUGGUGAAGUUGAGUUGAAAGAGGCCUGGUUUGAGAAGCUGCAAAGAUGGGAGGAAGCGUUGGCUGCCUACCAGAAGCGCGAGAAGAUCGAACCCGAGAAUUUCGACAUUGUCAUGGGUAAGAUGCGCUGCUUGCACGCUCUGGGCGAAUGGAAGAUGUUGUCAGAGAUAGCUCAAGAACAUUGGAACAGCGCAAGUGUGGAGAAUCGCAAGAACAUGUCAGCACUUGCUGCUGCCGCUGCUUGGGGCAGAGGCGAGUGGGAUUCCAUGGAUAACUACAUCAGCGUCAUGAAGGAGAAUUCGCCUGACAGAGCAUUCUUCGGUGCUAUUCUUGCAAUCCAACGCAACAAUUUCGUGGAAGCUCAGAACUUCAUUGUCAGAGCUCGCGAUGGUGUCAAUUCAGAGAUCACGGCGACCAUUGGCGAGUCCUACAAUCGUGCCUACAGUGUGGUGGUUCGUACGCAAAUGCUUGCCGAGCUUGAAGAAAUCAUAGUCUACAAGCAAAGUGAGGGUCAGAAAGACAGACAGAAUUCGUUGAAGCUGUUGUGGAACAAGAGACUAUUGGGUUGCCAGUCGAAUGUCGAGGUCUGGCAACGGAUGCUCAAGGUGCGAGCCCUUGUUCUGACCGCUACCGACAAUCCAGACAUUUGGAUCAAGUUCGCAAAUCUCUGCCGGAAGUCAGACCGCAUUGGCCUGGCAGAAAGAUCGUUGGCUUCUUUAGGAGGUGUCAGUGAUGCCGCUGCCGGCGCAGGAGCAGCACCGCCCCCGGUAGCAUAUGCUCGUCUCAAGUUCAAUUGGGCUACGGGAAACCAGCAGCAAGCACUAUCUUACCUGCGCGAGUUUACCAUGCGACUUGCCGACGAUUUCCAGCAAGAAAAUGCAGCUCUUGCAAACGGCAUCCACAAUGACCGAAUGAACAACAUGAACGGCCUCGACGUGAUUGGACAGGAUGCUAUCACUCAGAGGAAGAAGCAGGAUGAACUCGACAGAUGCGCGAAACUACUGGCGAAGUGCUAUCUCCGGCAAGGAGAAUGGCAGUCUUACCUGCUUAGGGGUGACUGGACAAGCCCUCGAGCUCAAGAACCUGUUCGAGACAUCCUCCAAUCGUAUCAGGCUGCUACGCAGUAUAACGAGUCAUGGUACAAAGCAUGGCACGCUUAUGCCCUGGCAAACUUUGAAGUCGUGACUUCCAUGGCAUCUCACACCGAUCAGGAUAAGGUCCGAAAUUUGCCGGAGCAUGUCAUACAGAAUCACGUCGUCCCUGCGAUCGGGGGCUUCUUCAAAUCGAUCGCUUUGUCAAAGACGAGCAGCUUGCAGGACACUCUCCGGCUGUUGACGUUAUGGUUUGCCCAUGGUGGUAACAGUGAGGUCAAUUCGGCUGUCGUUGAUGGCUUUGCAUCUGUCAGUAUUGACACAUGGCUGGAAGUCAUACCUCAAUUAAUUGCCAGAAUCAAUCAGCCAAAUGCGAGAGUCCGAGCAGCUGUUCACCGACUGCUGGCUGAAGUCGGAAAGGCGCAUCCCCAGGCUCUCGUCUAUCCUUUGACUGUGGCUAUGAAGUCGGCAGUUCAGCGUAGGGCCAACUCGGCAACUCAGAUUAUGGACAGUAUGAGGGUGCACAGCCCAGUCCUUGUUGAGCAAGCUGACCUUGUGAGUCACGAACUCAUUCGUGUCGCUGUCCUGUGGCAUGAACUCUGGCACGAGGGUCUUGAAGAAGCUUCUCGCCUUUACUUUGGCGAUCACGACGUCGAAGGCAUGCUGGCCACGCUUGCUCCGUUGCAUGAGCUGCUCGACCGUGGCGCUGAGACCCUGAGAGAAGUGUCAUUUGCUCAGGCUUUCGGUCACGACCUUGCUGAAGCUAGGGCGUUCUGCAAUGCGUUCCGCCGGUCUAAAGAGAUAGGUGACCUUAACCAGGCAUGGGAUUUGUAUUACGCAGUUUUCCGCAAGAUUGCACGUCAAUUGCCGCAACUGAUGAGUCUGGAUCUGAAAUAUGUGUCACCACGCCUCAAGGAUGCGCACGAUCUGGACCUUGCUGUUCCUGGCACUUAUCAAUCCGGCAAGCCGAUCAUCAAAAUUAUUAGUUUUGAUCAUGUCUUGACUGUUAUACCAUCAAAGCAACGCCCGCGAAAGAUGACUCUGAAGGGCUCCGAUGGUAUCUCGUAUGCCUACCUUCUGAAGGGUCAUGAGGAUAUUCGACAGGAUGAACGGGUGAUGCAGCUUUUUGGUCUUGUUAACACACUUCUCAACCAUGACACCGAGUGCUUCAAGCGUCAUCUCACUAUUCAGCGCUUCCCAGCCAUUCCUCUAUCUCAGAACUCAGGAUUGCUUGGUUGGGUACCGAAUUCAGAUACUCUUCACAAUCUGGUCAAGGAAUACCGCGAGUCUCGCCGCAUUCUCCUCAACAUUGAACAUCGAAUCAUGCUGCAGAUGGCCCCAGACUAUGACAACCUCACACUUAUGCAAAAGGUCGAGGUAUUUGGCUAUGCCAUGGACAACACUACUGGCAAAGACUUGUAUCGUGUCCUGUGGCUCAAGUCGAAGAGUUCCGAAGCCUGGCUGGACCGACGGACCAACUACACCCGGUCAUUGGCUGUUAUGUCUAUGGUCGGCUACAUUCUCGGACUAGGCGAUCGACAUCCAUCUAAUCUCAUGCUUGACCGCAUUACCGGCAAGAUCAUCCACAUCGACUUUGGCGACUGUUUCGAGGUGGCCAUGCACCGCGAGAAGUAUCCCGAGAGGGUCCCGUUCCGCCUGACCCGCAUGCUCACUUUCGCCAUGGAAGUCAGCAACAUCGAAGGCUCUUUCCGAAUCACCUGCGAGAACGUGAUGCGUGUGAUCCGCGAGAACAAAGAAUCACUGCUUGCUGUGUUGGAAGCCUUCAUCCACGACCCCCUACUCAAUUGGCGUCUCAACACGCGCGAGUCGCCGCCCCGUCCACAUUUCCGCUCCGAGCGACGACAGAGCCUUAUCGACGCUCCUGGUGCGCAAGGGGCAGAAUACGACCGCAGCCCCAUGGAGACGGCGCAUAACCCUGCCGCUGCAGUUCUGAACGGGAAUGCACACAGCCAUGUCGGCGCACCGCCUGGUAGACGGCAUCGACGGAGCAGCAUCCUCGACCCGGCCAUGGGAGGUGGCAGUAUCCUCGACGCGGGCAAGGGCACAGAGGCCAACCCUGCCGCGCAGGAAGCUAAGGAAGUACAGAAUGCGCGUGCACUACAGGUUCUGGCGAGAGUAAAAGAGAAACUGACGGGUCGUGAUUUCAAGCCCGCGUCGCCUGGCACGGCGGCAGCGCGGCUCGGUGCGGAUAUGAACGGCCUGGGCCUCGAGGCGUUGAUGGACCUGAAUGGCGGAACGAUGAAUCAUGCCACGGGCGUGGUGCCGGCGAAUGGCCCCGGCAAACAGGGACUCACAAGUGUCGCGGGUGCGACGCCAGAGACGACCAUGGCUGGGAUCGGUGGGUUGGGGGUUCCAGAGCAGGUUGACAGGCUGAUUUUGCAGGCGACCAACGUGGAGAAUUUGUGUCAGCAUUACAUUGGAUGGUGUUCGUUCUGGUGAUGUCCUCGUACUGUAUCAGAAACGCGGGAAUCGGGAUGAAUAGGAUUGUAUUGGCUGGCGUCCGGUUUUCUGAUGCCAUUCCUAGGUAAUUGGGAGGAUUUGCUGUGCUAUGAAAGGAAGUGAAGGGAACGGAAAUGGGACACAUGAUGAGAAGGGUCGUGGAAUCAAAUGGGCUAGCAUUAGCAUGGUGUCUAUGACAAGGCAAAGUCGAGCAAAGCAUAGCAUAGCAUAGGCAUAGGCAUAGCGUGCGUAUGGAAGGCCUUUGAGAAUAGUGUAAUAAUUGACAUUUUUGAAGUGUG